AUGUCUAAAUCUGCGCGUGCUCGUCGCAACAGGGCUGCUAAGAAGGCGGCACUCCUCAAGGACGUAAACACCGCUUCCUCUACUGAGCAGGCUGGUUCCGCCGAGCCUGCUGAUACUACCAAGAACGUCAUACCGGAUCAGGGCGAAGACUUGACCGUUAAGGCCGUCAGCAUCGCCGACACUGACGCCUCUGCGACUGCCUCUUUGCCCAAAGAGCCACUUCCUGCCAAGAUCAACAUUCAGCCCGCUACUAAUCUCGGAUCCGACCCCAAGCCGACCCCGCCGUCGUUCUCUCCUGUCUCCGAGGCUGCCGAUGUCCCGCCCCAGCCAAAGACUGCAGUAAAGCAGUCAGCCCUAUCGCCGUCUUCCACCGUCAUAGAUCAGCCUAUCGACAACCUGCUCGAGAUGAUACGAGCGCAGCGUCAAGCUCUUCUCCAAGGCCCUCGCGUCACCAUUCGCAUUGGAGAUACAUCCGUUGAGGGUAUCUCCAAGCGCGCAGCAAUGGCUGCUUCUACUGUUCUCCACAAACAUUUCACCGCUAACCCCCACUCACAUGAGUAUGUAUUCUCACGUGGUCAGAUACACCCCGGCGCAGUCCGCCUUCUACUCAUCGGCUGGAUGCAGGAGACUUGCAACGAGUUCGAGGCCUACGCUGUCCCGGCUCAGAAGACAUUCGGUGAAGACGUUGCUCUCCUACGCGCUGCUCGCCUGUUAGGUAUGGAGCGCUACUGCAGCCAUAUCCACGCCGGCUACGUCGAGUACCUCAAAACCCAGCUUCCGAGCUACGAAGAGAUCAUUGCCGUCGAACAGAACGCCACGUCUGACAAAGACCCACUCUGGACCGCGAUGGUCAACCACCUUUGUCACGAUCGCCACAAACGCCUUUUACCCGACCCUGAAGACUUUGCGGCGUUCUUGGAGAAGCACACUCGCCUGAGGAAUGCUAUGGAGUCCGCUGAUAACUUCUUCCGCGGUAUGGCGAAGAAGCAGGUCGAUGACCGGGAGAAAGAGCGUGAGAAAGAGCGCCGCCAGCGUUGGGAGCGCAACCAGGCUGAGAAGCACGAGCGCAUUGCUAGAGAGCGACUUGCUGCUGAGUCGCUGAGGAAGAAGAUGGAUGAGAAGGGCUCAGGCCUGAUGACCGUCACUGCGGAGGAGGCGGAGCUGCUUCGAGGGCGCACUCGCACCCGCUAG